AUGUUCUUCGAUCCCUCUAUGAUUCAGCUCGCUACGACCGUCCUCGCGCUCACUUUUGGCUUCUGCAUCAUGCACGCUCCAUUCAAGCAUUUCAUGUCACGCAACUUCAGACCAAUCUCCUCAGCCUUGGCUGCUUGCUUGCUGGCCAAAGAGCUCCUUGUAUCGACAGCAGAGAACGCUACCGUACACCUUCAGAGCCUCUUCUCCAAAGAAGCCGCCCGCGCACAGCCGAAUCAACGUCUACAGGCCGCAUUCGGCAUCGACAACUGCUUCAUCACCGACGACAAGAAGCGAUGCGCCGAAUUUCGAGGCAAGGUCGCGAAGCUGAUCCACGUCGAACUCGACAAAUGGCAAGAGUUUGCCGCCGCUGCCAAAGCAAUCGUCCAGAAGGAAUUCGACACGACAGACAACACCAUCAAGCUCUUCAUUUUGAUUCAGCUCGUCACCAUGAAGAUGACAAGAAAGGUCAUGUGGAACAUCGAUCCUCAAGCUGGCGACAACGACGAGGCCAUCAGGGGUCUUGCCGACGAGGUCAAUAAGCACGACAAGCCAGACUGGCAUUCCGACCAACAACACGACCUCCAAAAGGCUCUCAACGAAGCCUUCCCCAACUGGACAGUCGAGAACCCCCUCAACCUCAUCUUACCAGGCUACGAGACGAUGUGUCGAGUCGUCCUGCGCUGCUUCGUCGAAGUCACCUCCCGCUCGCACGAAAACGCACCCCAGUGGGAAAAAGAUCAGGAGACGGGCUACGACUUCCUCGUCGCUGCCGACGUGGAGGCGAUGCAUCAAGACAAGGGGAUCUGGGGCGCUACGGCGAGGUUGUUCGAUCCAUCUCGUUGGUUGAGUGUGGACGAGAAGAAGGAAGAUGAUAUUUUCAUGCCGUUUGGCGCUGCGCCUUUUCGGUGUCCUGCGAAGCAGCAUAGGGGGGUUUACAUGCCUUUUGGGGUGGCGAUGAUUGCGCUUUUGGUGGGGGCGUUGGUGGAGGGUGUUGAUGGGAAGUGGGUUUGUGAGGGGGAGGGUUCCUGA